AAACGAAUGGAAAAGAAAAUACUACAAGAUUUGCAGUUUGAACUGAAUCGUCCAACAAGUCUCCAGUUUUUACGUCGUUACUCGUUUGUGUCGUCAGCAUCUGACGAACAACAUUCAAUUGGCAAAUAUUUAAUUGAUUUGACACUGUUAGAUUAUCAUUGCAUCAAUUUGAAGCCAUCGUUGAUUGCUGCGUCAGCCACAUACAUUGCGCUCUAUUUGUUAACGUACAAACCGGACGAAUCAUUUGAUUAUUAUUGGCCAGAAGAAUUGCGAAUGAUGACUCCCUACAAAACAUAUGAGCAUUUAUCUAAUGGUAUUAAAAUAUUAGCUACCCUUCUUCUUAAAAUAUCAACAUCGAAACCAAUUUUAAGUGAAUAUAAUUUGUUGUUUAAAAAAUACGAACCUGAACAUCUGUCUGGUGCCAGUACAUUUUGUGUUAAGCAACAAAAACUUGUUCAUAAAUUGGCAAAUGGCUGUUGUUUGUAA